UUGGCAUUCUGGGACACAAACAGUGGUCGGUGGGUAUGAAAUGAAAGGCUUCAGCGGCGACAACCACCGUGGACGGAGGGCGACGGCAGAAACGACAACACCGAGACGAGAGAGGAGAAGGAGCAGCAGCCCGGGAGUUCGUGUCCGAGCCUUGCGUCCUGUUUUCCGCUGCGGUGUCCGGGGGAGGCUGAGCUGAAAGAGAACUACGGUGAUUUAGUCUGUGAAAUGCAGCGUCGGACUUUAUCCACGCAGCGAGCUAGAUAGCUAACGACGGGGAGUAAGUUAGCCCUGCAGUGAUUUGUGCUGGCGUGUGGACGUUAGCUGGAUGGGAGUAGAAGGGGAGGUAUAAAAGUUAAUGUUGAUGCACAGCUUCUCUCCUUGUCACCUCUGUCCCGCCCUCUCAGCUCCCUUCAUCUAUUGACUCAACCUUGUCCUGAGCUGAGUGAUGAUAACUCUGAGUAUGGCGAGUGUUUCAGACGGUGACUACAAAACUGGCAACUUUAAGUCAUUGUACUGGCACUUUGUCCAGCUGGUGUACCCGAGAUAAGAUAAACAUAGUGAUUUUUUUUUUUUUUUUUUUGACUAGCAGAGCAAUGGAUUGCCUCUGCUGAAUCCAUCUUCUUCAAAGCUAUAAAUACUCCACAGAUCAACACUGCGAGACAUGGACCUGCGCUGGAUGUAAAGACUGUUCAGAAACCUCACAUCACAGCUAUCUCUACGUGGGACAGGUCAUCCGAGGCCUGCCGCCCGGUCCCCAUUGUCUGUUUGGGGCCAACAUGUCAAUGUCAGGGGCCACGACCCUGCAGCUUUUCACCAAGCUCGUGAAGCACGCGGUGGGCAAGACGCAGAUUCAGCUGAAUCGCUGGCUGCAGAGGACGGCCACAGAGGAGUGUGACAAAAUCGACAUCCUGAUAUGCAGCGCCUUCGACGAGCGAGCGUCUGGCCUGGGCAAGUCGGACGGUGACCCCGAGGCGGUCGGCGACGCGGGAGCGGCGACCUUCACCGGCAGCGGAGAGUUCAGACACCCGUGCUGUAUCACCACCUUUUGUUUCAAGAGCGCCCUGCUGGCAUGUAUCCUGACUGCUGUUUGCUUUUCCUCGGUUGCCCUGGUGCGCCAAUACCUCAAGGAUCUCCUGCUCUGGGUGGAGAGCUUGGACAGCCUCGUCGGAGCCAUGCUGUUUAUAGUUGGCUUGAUUGUUGUGUCGUUCCCGUGCGGAUGGGGAUAUAUUGUUCUCAAUGUGGCAGCUGGCUACCUCUACGGCUUUGUGCUGGGAAUGGGACUAGUCAUGGUGGGAGUUUUAAUAGGGACCUUUGUGGCACACCUGGUGUGCAAGCGACUGUUGACUGAGUGGGUGCUGAACAAAGUUGGGAACAGUGAACAGCUCAGCGCUGUCAUAAGAGUGGUGGAGGGAGGAAGUGGACUUAAAAUUGUGGCCUUAGCGAGACUCACCCCCAUACCUUUUGGAGUCCAAAAUGCAGUUUUCUCGAUCACAGAUGUGUCCUUGCCAAACUACCUGGUGGCCUCCUCCGUGGGUCUGCUGCCCACACAGCUUCUCAACUCCUACCUGGGCACCACGCUCCGCACCAUGGAGGACGUCAUCGCUGAGCAAAGCGUCAGCGGCUACUUUGUCUUUAGCCUGCAGAUCGUCAUCAGCAUCGGCCUGAUGUUCUACGUCGUGCACCGGGCUCAGGUGGAGCUCAACGCAGCCAUCGCCGCCUGCCAGAUGGAGCUGAAGUCGACGCACAUGAACGGCUCCUCCACCAACCACAGCGGCUUCACCUACUGCAGCAAGAGGGCCACGGCCGGCGGCGGGAACUGCAUCAACGUGGUGUGACCCGGCCUCGGUCACUGGGUCGAGUUUAGACUGCGUCCGAAACGAGCCGGCGGCGUAGAGUUCAAGCUUCGUCGUGGCGCCGCGUUCAAGGCCGGCCGCCUGAAGCGUCUCCAGCCGGUGCGACGUCGCAGAAGAAGUGGGACCACGCACCUCUGGCGAAACGGUGCAGGGGAAUAAGGUUUUUACGGUACAUUGUCUCGGUAGAUUAUUGUUUUAUUUCUUAUUAACUCUGUUACAAGAGAUGUCUAGAAGUAUGAGAGGUGGUGCAGCGAGUGAGUCAUUAAGAACAUAGCCAGGCGUUAGCUGCCAGCUAUCAUCAUGAAUGUGCAAUCUGGAGCUUUCUGCAAAACCAAGGAAUAGAUUUUCCACUUCAGUGUCAAAACAAUGCCAACCUAUGCACCUUUAUCUCAUACUCUUGGUUUAAUUCAGGGGAUUCUAUUUUUUUUUUUUUUUUGGUUUACAUCAUGUGCUCAUUUACAGUAUAAUUAAUAAGGGCAUUAUUAAUACCUUUCAUUCACCUUUUAGUCAUUUUUUUUAAGUGUCUUAUUUUUAGACGGUGGAGGAAGCUCUCAGUGAGCAGGGCUCGCUCUCUUUUUUUGUUUUUUUGUUUUCGGUGGAGGUCUCUCUUCUUGUUUUCAGCGCUUCUUUAGGUUUGAUAAGCGCAGCUGGAGUGGAGAGCAGCUUUCACAGCAGGAAAUUCAGGAAUGUUUCUGCCAGGAAGUUUUUUCGUCUGACGUGAGCGGCCGCUCCGUGGCUGCGCCUCGCGUUCAGUCGCCGAGCGAUUAACCGCGUUGAACCGAAGCCGAGAUGUCAAGCUUUCCUGUCAGCGUUCAUCCUGAGUUCUCAUUAGCUGUUUGUUUUUUUUUCCUACAUUGGGAGAUUAUCCAUUUAUUUUUCAUGUCUGUUUUUAAAUGAUGAUUUUGACAAUUCAGUGCAAUACAUCGAGGACCGGUGACGAAGUGGCAUGAAUGUCAUACUUCAGUGCUGAAACCAAACUAAUCAGAAAUGCUCUCAUGCAUACACAAAUAACACAAACCUAAAUGUGUGAUUUAUUUAGGUUUUACUUGCGGUAUAGACGUGUGCUCUAGAUGAGAUACAGAGGCUUUUAUUUUUUAUGUGCCAUUAAUUGAUAGAGCUCAUCAGACAUUAUGACAUUGGGCCCAUCUGAGUUGAGGCUACUCGUUACUUAACUUAACUUUCACGUUCUUUUUUUUUUUAAUUUACCUGUGAAUAUUUUUGUGUCUUAGCUCUUAAUACAACAACAACUCAUGCUGUAGGUUCUUUUUGCACAGUCCACUACAACAGACAAAACGUUAUUUUCUUACAGAUCAACUAACAAAGGGGUUUGGUUGUUAAAAAGAAAAAAAAAAAGAACAAACAAAAGAACUGGAUGCGUCUCAGAAGCUGACAAUCAAACUCAACACGGACACAAAGUGAUGAAUGUGAUACUACCUUUUCUUUUUACUUUAUUUUAUUGUGAUGCUGCUCCUCAGACAGGUUGAGGAAUAAUAAGGGCUCCUACAUGAAAUAUCCAUCUUUACGUCCCUUGUAAUUGUCCACAGAAGCCUGUUUUUCUUUCUUUCUUUCUUUCUUCUUAAACGCUGGCACAACUUCUUGUUUUUCAUUUUUCUACAAAUUCUUCUUCUUCUUCUUCUAAAAGCCAGAAUCGACGUUUGUUCAGACACAUUCCAUGCUGUCAGUCCUCUGACAAGCUGUAGAGUUAUUUUCAUGCUAAAUGUCGAUCUAAGGGCCCCUUUCUUUGUGAAUUCAGCAAUAAUGUUUGACAGUCGAAAGCAAAAAAAUAAAUAAAUAAAUAUAUAUAUAUAUAUACACACACACACAUACAGUAUAUGAUCAAAAUCCUACCAGUAAGAUCUUUAGCCAAGUGUAGGGAAUCAUUCAUUCAGCCCCAGUGUGAGAUUGAGAUCGUUUGUAAACCUUUCAAAAGUGAACAACAACAAGAAAAAAAAACUGUCCGUCUUGAAGAUUUAGUGUCACCAUCUCAAGGUUUGUUUUACAGUGUUCAACCUGCCUUUUACCUCCCGCUGCCUCCGUCUGCGCUGCCUGUGAAGUGAAAGACAUGUCACGAGACACACCAACAUCUGUGAGCAGAACCGCUUUUAUAGCACUUUGUUUGGAGAGUCUCCAAUUUCUUUUUUUAAAUUUUUUUUUGAUUGGUUGCUUAUAGAUCAACCUCUCACAUGAAUCCCCUUUUUUCCCCUUUUACUUGAAUUGAACAUUUAUGUGAAGAAAGCUGAGUAAAUUUGAAAGGUAAAAGUCUCACCUGUUGUCACUUCCUAAAUGAAUUUAGUUUGCCCUCUUUUUUUUAAAUUUAUUUAUUUAUUUUUUUGGUCAUGAGACAUUUUAUAAAUGUCCCCCGACAAGACAGAGAGACUCUCCAAAAGCAAAGUGUGAUUCAAGACGCCGUUCUGCUCGGAAUGGGAGAGGAAGUUUUUAAUGCAAAAAUCAAACAUGUGAAACUAGAUCGGCCACCGCGGACACAUUUCAUGAUACUUUAGCCUCUCAGCAGGACUCUAAAUACCUGAGAUCGUGGAGAAAUUAGCUGUUUAACACAGAAGAUGUUGGUUCUUCCUAGGUGGGCUCUACUUAACUUAGAUAUAGUUAUGCAACAACUGAUUCCUAAGGGAAGUAUAUUUCAUAGACACCCACGUAAGACCUGGAUCUGGGAUGUAAAUGAACAGAACUGUUCUAGAGGAAGCCGGUGUGACAGCACUGUUGUCACGUCGUCAAGUGUCACGUUGAGGGUCACGUCUGGUGCUAUGAAAUGCAAUACUUCCCCAUCUGUAUCAAGUGCAUUACACAUAUACUGUAUUUUGUAAUACAGAGAAUUUUACAGUGUAUAAAUAUUGUUAUUUAUCACUGUACGUUGCUUGUUCAGUGUUAUUUAUGAAAGAGAAAAUAAAAUCUGUCAGAUUUUGUUACAA